CAAUUUUCUCAGAAGUGAGAGAUGCCACAGAAUUCGGUGCAAUGAUGAUGAAAAAUUUGAUAAGUGUUUUAAGUCUCGUAUCCCAAAUAACUUUUGUAAUAUCAACGGAUACACCUAUUAUUGGUAUUCUUUCUGAGGAGCCCCAAGCAAUAAAUGAAUGUGUUCCAAAUGUUGAAAUAAACACUUACAUAGCCGCAUCAUAUGUGAAAUUACUUGAGAGUGCUGGUGCUAGAAUUAUUCCUGUUUGGUUAGGACAGGAUCAACAGUAUUAUGAACGUGUAGUCAGUUACACUAAUGGCAUGCUUUUCCCUGGAGGAUCAAACCGUUUCAACGAGACUAAAGGUUAUGGAGAAACAGCACAAAUUAUUUUUGAUAUAGCCAAAAGGCAUAAUGAUCAGGGAGUGUAUUAUCCUAUUGUUGGUAUAUGUUUGGGUAUGGAAGUAUUGGCGUAUACUUCAAACGAGAGCAAGGAUAUUAGAGUUGAUUGCCAAGCCACGAAAUUAACCCUUCCAUUGGAAUUCGAAGAAGAUUUCAGAGAGAGCAGAAUCUUCAGAGAUUUACCAAACGACAUUUUGUUGGAUAUGAAAAAUAAAAACGUAACAUACAAUAACCACGAAUAUUGCUUGACUCGUGAAGUUUUAGAAUCGAACAAUCUAACUGAUAGCUGGAGGGUGGUUACUGAAAAUGUGGAUGUCAAUGGAAAAAGAUUCAUAUCACUUAUGGAACAUAAAAGAUAUCCAUUUUAUGGGUAUCAGUUUCAUCCAGAAAAAAUUAAAUUUGAAUUUAACGAAUCUUUCAAAUUUCCACAUGACGUUUAUAGUGGUAGAGUGACACAAUAUUUUGCAGAUUUUUCUGUUGGGGAAUGUAGAAAAAACAACAAUUCUUUUCCAGAUAAAGACAUCGAACAUAGAUCUUUUAUCUAUAAUUUCAAGACUGUAUUAAGUAGUUCCAAUUGUACCUAUUUUCAACUUUACUUAUUUACCGGAGCUGAUACAAAAGAAUACCAACUCACUUGAAUUUUAUCAUUCCAUCACCAAAAAAUGAAUAACAGUUGAACAAUAAAAGUGUUUCCUGA